AUGCGUCGAGGCGACCUUCUCUACGGCCCGAUCCCAGGAUUGGAAGGGCUGCCAACUACGGCCCCUAGAUUCCAUGCUUGGGACGUGAUGGAUGUUAAUAUGCCCGACGGGAAACCAUGGGCCUCAGUUGCAGCUAGUGAGCUGAACAUAAGUGCUGUGGUUUUCCUUACCAUGAGGGCUGCCUCCUGUUCUUUCUUGACUCACCCCAUUCAUCACACCUUCGACGAAUACCCCUUUUCGGCUCUGACUUUGCCCGAGUCUGACAACCUUAGAAUCGCUCAGUUGAUGAAUUCCAGUGCCAAUGGAUACAAGAACAAGGAGAGGUUCUGGGAGUGCAUGGAGAGGUCAUCCAACAUUGUCUUGAUCAAAACAUUUAGAGUCAUGGAAGCCAAGUCUCUAAUUAGUGAAAAGGAGGGUGGUGACUGUUGGGCCUCUUCUUCAAGAACCUGCCAACAAGGACGGCGAUGGACCCAAGAUCAUGGGGACAGGAGGCAACUUUCUUCAGCUGUGUUAGUUUCUUCUGGGAGUGAGUACUUCCUUUCUGAAGAAGAGAGGGAGGAGAUUGCUUAUGGAUUGGAGCUUAGCAAUGUGGGCUUUAUCUGGGUUCUCAAAUUUCAUGGUGGAGGAGAAGUUACAGUACAUGAGGCUCUAUCACAAGGAUUUCUACAGAGGAUUGGGCACAGAGGACUGGUUGUGGAAGGAUGGGCCCCACAGGCCAAGAUUUUGGGACAUCCAGGCAUUGGUGAGUUUGUGAGUCACUGUGGUUGGAGCUCAACACUUGAGGCAAUUCUUCUUGGAGUGCCAAUCAUAGCCAUGCCAAUGCACCUUGAUCAGCCUCUGAAUGCAAAGCUUGCGGUGGAGAUCGGUGCGGUCAUGGAGGUGGACAGGGGAAGCGGAGGAUUUAGAAGGGAGGAGGUGGCAAGAGUUAUACAACAAGUGAUGGUGGAGGAAAAAGGGCAGGAGGCCAAAAGAAAUGCUCAAGAAUUGGGUGAGAGAAUGAGAGAGGAGCAAGAAGAGAUGGAUGGUGCGGUUGAGAAGCUGAAGCAGCUUAUUGAAGUAUAA